GGGGCAGUGACAGUGUCAGUUUUCUUCUCAUUGAGACCCUGGUAAGUACCCCCCCGGCAGACACCCUCGCAGCAGUGAGCUCCUGCACGUGUGAGAGGUGGAGUCAGCCUGCCCCCAGCCAAGCCAUUCAAACACAAGGGAUUCCUCCAUCUCACCCCAAAAAGUCACAGGCAUCCAGGCCUCCAUCUUGGGCUCUUGGCACAACCGCCCACGCCCUCUUCCCCUGAUGGGCACCACCGUGGCCGCCAGAUUUCCACAACUGCUGCUCACAUCACAGCUGUAACGAACCACCGAAACCAUGGAGAUGAAGCAGCCAAUGAUGACACAGGAGGAGUGCAAGACAGAGGGCGGGGGCCAUGAGGAGGCGCAGGAAAACGGCCGGCUUAUGGCGGAUGGUGUAGCAGAGAAAGGGCCAAAGGCCAGCCCGCAGUCAGGGCAGGUCUCCAACGGCUACCCUGCUUCCUCACCCCAGAGCCCUACUGAGGCCUGUACCGGCAGUGGGGGGGCUCCCAGAACCCUGGUGGUCCAGCAGACUAGCUUAGAGCUCCCCCGUGAGACCUGGAGCAAGAAGAUGGACUUUCUGCUCUCAGUGGUUGGGUAUGCUGUAGACCUGGGCAACGUGUGGCGUUUCCCCUACAUCUGCUACCAGAAUGGAGGAGGUGCAUUUCUGCUGCCCUAUCUGCUGAUGGCGGUGUUUGGCGGGGUGCCCCUGUUCUACAUGGAGCUGGCAUUGGGCCAGUUUCACCGAAGUGGCUGCAUCUCAAUCUGGAGGCAGAUCUGCCCCAUCUUCAAAGGAAUCGGAUUCGCCAUCUGCAUCAUCGCCCUCUACAUCGCUUUCUACUACAACACCAUCAUGGCCUGGGCGCUCUACUACCUGCUAUCGUCCUUCAGCUCCAUGCUGCCCUGGAGCACAUGUGGCAAUGCCUGGAACACCGCCAACUGCACCCGCUACACCUUCACCGACCGCAACGUCAGCUGGAGCGACCACUCCAUCUCCCCUGCCGAGGAGUUCUAUACGAGACAGGUGCUGCAGGUCCACCUCUCCUCAGGACUGCACCAGUUGGGCGCAGUCAGCUGGCAGCUGGCACUCUGUCUGCUGUUCAUCUUCACCGUGGUCUACUUUAGUAUCUGGAAGGGGGUCAAAACCUCCGGCAAGGUCGUGUGGGUGACGGCCACCCUGCCGUAUGUGGUGCUCGUGCUGCUACUCAUUCGAGGGGCCACCCUGCCCGGUGCCUGGAGGGGCGUGGUCUACUACCUGAAGCCUGAUUGGAAGAAGCUCCUUAGUACCACGGUCUGGAUAGAUGCAGCAGCACAGAUCUUCUUCUCGCUGGGACCUGGCUUUGGAGUCCUCCUAGCCUACGCCAGCUACAACCCCUUCCACAACAACUGCUACAACCGACCUGGAAUUGUAAUCAGUCCACGAAGGACUGCUGCUGUGUGCUUCCCUUUGACCUUGUUCCUCCUCGUACCUCCCCCAUGGUCUGUUCCUGGCCUCCCCACAGGCCCCAGUCUGCUCUUCAUCAUCUAUGCCGAGGCCAUCGCUAACAUGCCUGCCGCCACCUUCUUCGCCAUCAUCUUCUUCCUCAUGAUCAUCAUGCUCGGACUGGACAGCACGUUUGCCGGACUGGAGGGCGUGAUCACGGCGCUGCUUGAUGAGUUUCCGCAGGUACUGGCCAAGCGGCGGGAGUGGGCCGUGCUGGGUCUGGUGUGCAUCUGCUACCUGGGGGCCCUCUCCACCCUCACAUACGGCGGCGCCUUCGUGGUGAAGUUGUUUGAGGAGUAUGCCACUGGCCCUGCUGUCAUCACCGUGGUCUUCCUGGAGGUCAUCGCAGUGUCCUGGUUCUACGGAACCUCGCGGUUCUGCAGCGAUAUCCAGAUGAUGCUGGGCUUCUCUCCAAGCUGGUUCUGGAGGGUGUGUUGGAUGAUCAUCUGCCCCUGCUUCUUGCUGUUUAUCAUCGGCAGCUUCCUGGCCUUCCCGCCCGAGGUGAAGCUGUUUCACUAUCUCUACCCGGCCUGGACCACGGUGCUGGGAUACUGCAUUGGCGUCUCCUCCUUCAUCUGUGUGCCCUCCUACAUGGUCUACCACCUGCUCAUCACGCCAGGCCCCUUCAAACAGCGUCUCCUGAAGAGCAUCACCCCAGAGGUCGGGGCAGCGGGGGGGCCACAUAGAGACAUCGUCACCAACGCGGUCUGACCAGGACGGCGUCUGACCCUCUACUGGACAUUUGCCGGAACUGCAGGAAGGGCACACCCGCCCCCCUCAUGACCACCCUCAACGUUCUGCAGUUUCUCUCUUACCUUCCAGAUGUGGACAAUUUCGACGUCCAGCUGGCUGUAUAGUGAAGGUGGGAUCUGGGCCAAAGAUGCCGUUGUUUCUACAUUUUUUUAUUAAUAUUAUGUAUUUUUCGUUAUGUAAUAUUGUCACGCAUUUUGUGGCCUAAACCAGACCAAUCAGGCACAACAGCUCUGAGUAAACACCUGAUGUUUAUAUAUACUCAAAAUAUAUUGUAUAACUGUGACAUUUUUACUGUUUAGUCCUGUAACUUUUCAGUGAAGUGUGUCCGUUGAUGUCUGUCCGUACGUUUUACUGGAAGUGAACGUCACAGCACACUUCAGAGCUUUCACAAUCAUAGUGAAUCACUCAGAUAUAUUUUUUUAAUUCAUCUGUUUUGCAGCUACGCAUUUUUUUAUUUACGGACACGAAUGGUAGCACUUUUGCAUACGACCUCCACUGUUACCUGUUCUGUCACUUAAGUCUUCAUGAUAAAAGGCAUAAGAACCAGUUUGUGGGCCGGAGGUCUGGGCCGGAGCCCCUGGAUGAGACUCUUUUCCAGUGGAGGUCCCGUCAACUGGAAGGAAAGCUCCAGUGGGUUGAAUUUGUGUGUGCGUGUGCGUGCGUGUUUCUGUGUGUGUGUACUUUAGCGGAUGAAAAGUUGUAUAUCAGGAAAAUUCAUGUACCAGAUUAUAUGUACAAAAUAUAUAUGUAUGUCUAGAUUAUAUGUCUAGUCUAUUCCAAUAUAAGAUGUGUAUUUAUUUAAAAAUAUCACCACUGCUGUAAUUAAUUUGAUAUAUUCUGUACCGAAAUGUACUCGUUCGUCACAUUUAUCGUGGAGCGACACGUGUAACAUGAGUAUAUUUUUAUUGCAAACUUGCGCUGACUGUUCACAUUUAUGCCAGAUUCAGGUAUAUUAACAAACUCCUGCUCUGCAUAUGAGCACCAAAAAAAGAAAAAGGUGUUGAAGCGUCAGUAUGCACAAGGCGUGUGUGUGUGUGUGUGCUCAGUGCGUGCUCAGUAUGCACAGCGUGUUUGCACGUGUGUUUAGUGCGUGCUCAGUAUGCACAGCGUAUGUGUGCAUGCUCAGUGCGUGCUCAGUAUGCACAGGGUGUGUGUGUGUGUGUGCAAGUUCUGCAAGGGGCCCGCGUGGCGUGUGUGAACCGUAGAUCCACGUGCUGGUGUCUGUCUCCGUCCCGUCUGUCCGUGUGAGUGCCAUCUGUGCACCCCUCUGUCUGAACAUGUGUUCCCUGUGUGCAGAAACUAACAAUCCGGAUCAGGAAAAAUACAUAGAUAAAUAUAUACAUAUAUAUAGAUUGAUAUAUAGAUAGAUAUAUGCAGUGUGUCAGUGUGUCUCUGUAUGACUCUGCUUUCAUUACAGGCCCCUCUGCCUCCUCACUGGUGUCUUAUAUCCUGUGAAAUACAGAGUAAACUGUACAUUUUAAGCAUAUGAUCUGUGUCAGUCUGUUAAAGGUUGUAUAUCCAUGUAAAGGAGAAAACUACAUAUAAAUGAAGAGAAAUAAAAAGGAAUAUCAAUGGAUGCUGAAUCUG